AUGCCGGUCACACUCACAGUUGCGGACCACGAAUCCAACAGCUACUACAGAAAUCACAAACUGACCUCUAGCGAAGAACUACUAAGAGGGACGAGUCCACGAGACUCGCAAAAGUGCAAAAGGGUUAUCCAAAGUUCCAUCCCCGAGGACGAGUUCGGUAAAUCUCACCUCAUCGAAUCGAACAACGGGUUCGUCCACGCAGCUUUCAAUGCAUAUUGCAGCCAUCAUCACCUUACCAUCCGCCCCGAAGAUGUAUGGUUCGCCAUCUUAUCGCAGCUGAACUUCUACAUCAACGCCAACGCCGAAAAACUGCGCGACCACUUCGUCUCGCACCAAGGGCAGAAACAGCUCGAAGUCAAAGACGUUGGCAAUAUCCAUAGCGUAGACGUCGGCGCGCUCGCACGGCGCAUGACAGCGUUGAUACGGGAGAAUGUCAAGGACCCUAACUUGCGAGACUGGAUCAUGCCAGCCUUCAGCACGACCACAGUUACCGACCGUACGACGGCUGCGGUGCUCAUGAUGGGCAGUAUGCAGGCUUAUUUCUCAUACAAGAUGACCCUCAUGUGUGGGAUUCCCACUGUCACUCUAUUAGGUGAGCGCGCAGAUUACGAAGAUAUCCUCGCCAGACUCGAUAAACUGCCAGAGUUGGGGCCUCAGACAAGCACAUUUGCAGACCUCCUUCGCCCCGUUCUGCGCAACUUCAUAGCUACUUUUGAUUCAAAACAGGCUGCCACCUCACGCGACUUUUGGUCCAAGAUUGCGCAUCGUUUUGGCGGAGGUAGUGGGCCGUCGUACCUGGGAGGCUGGUUGACGGCAUUCUGCUUCUGGGACGACAAGGGGAAAUGUAUGUAUGAUCUGCAGAGAGGAGUGAGUGGCUGGGGAAUUAGCCCAACCGAUCCAGAGCGGUUGGAGUUGGAUGGCGCAUCAUACCAUCGCGUUGAUACUAAUGAUAUUCCGAGUGGCUUUGCUUCCGUGCCAGUCUUGGUGGACGACAAUGGUACGGAGUACAAGACAAAGAUGAUUGCAGGGUCGCUAGGUAUUAAGAUCACAAGCAAAGACGACCCAUGGGCUGGAACAGCGGAGGAGAAGCUGGAUUCACUCCAGUCACUCAGUGGGUGGAUGAUGUAUGAGAUCAGAGGGCCAGGCGAGAGGGGUCCCUGGUUUGGGUGA